CACGUCGGCCCCAGCGCUGGGAUUUCUCGGCUCGCGAGGAGAGCGGAGCAGGCGCGCGGCCCAGGCGGAGGAGCGCUGACUCUGGAGCAGCCGGAGCUGGAGGAGGAGGAGGAGGAGAGGCGGCGGGAAAGGAGGAGGAGGGGGAGAGUCGCUCCCGCCCGGCGAGCAUGGGGCGCCUGGCGCCGAGGCCUCUGCUGCUGGCGCUCCUGUCGCUGGCUCUUUGUCGAGGGCGUGUGGUGAGGGUCCCCGCGGGGAGUCUGGUGCGGGUGGUGGGCACUGAACUGGUCAUCCCCUGCAACGUCAGCGACUACGACGGCCCCAGCGAGCAGAACUUUGACUGGAGCUUCUUGGCCUCGGGCAGCAGCUUCGUGGAGCUCGCCAGCACUUGGGAGGUGGGCUUCCCCGCCCAGCUGUACCGUGAGCGCCUGCAGAGGGGUGACAUCGUGCUGCGGCGGACGGCCAACGACGCCGUGGAACUGCACAUAAAGAACGUCCAGCCCUCAGACCAAGGCCACUACAAGUGUUCCACCCCCAGCACGGAUGCCACCGUCCAGGGCAACUAUGAGGAUACAGUGCAAGUUAAAGUGCUGCCGGAUGCUCUGCGCGUGGCCGCCGGCCCGCAGCCCUCCCCGGGCCCCAGCCUGCGCGAGGGCGAGCCCUUCGAGCUGCGCUGUUCGGCCUCCACCGCGUCGCCGCUGCACACGCACCUGGCGCUGCUUUGGGAGGUGUGGCGCGGCCCCGCCCGCCGGAGCAUCCUCUCCUUGACCCACGAGGGCAGGUUGCGGCCCGGCCCCGGCUACGAGCAGCGCUACCGCAGCGGGGACGUGCGCCUGGACACCGUGGGGAGCGACGGGUACCGCCUCUCCGUGUCCCGGGCCCUGGCCUCCGACCAGGGUUCCUACCGGUGCAUCGUCAGCGAGUGGAUCGGAGAGCAGGGUAACUGGCAAGAAAUUCAAGAAAAAGCCGUGGAUGUGGCCACCGUGGUGAUCCAGCCAACAGUGCUUCGAGCCGCUGUGGCCAGGAAUGUGUCUGUGGCUGAAGGAAAGGAGCUGGACCUGACCUGCAACAUUACAACGGACCGAGCGGACGACGUCCGACCCGCGGUGACGUGGUACUUCAGCAGGACGCCUGACAGCACCUUGCCCGGCCCCCAUGUGUUGGCUCGGCUGGACCAUGAUUCCCUGGUGCACAGCUCUCCUCACAUGGCCUUGAGUCACGUGGAUGCGCGCUCCUACCAUUUACUGGUUCGAGAUGUCAGCAAAGAAAACGCUGGCUACUAUUUCUGCCACGUGGCGCUCUGGACACCCGGGCACAACAGGAGCUGGCACAAGGUGGCAGAGGCCAUGUCGGCCCCAGGUGCUGUGGCUGUGACCUGGCUAGAACCAGACUAUCAGGUGUACCUGAAUGCUUCUAAGGUCCCUGAGUUCUCAGACGACCUCACCGAGCUGGAAUGCCGGAUAGUGGAUGUGGAGAGCACCGAGGCGAGUGUCCGUUUCACGGUGUCCUGGUACCACAGGGUGAACCGGCGCAGCGAUGACGUGGUGGCCAGCGAGCUCCUUGCAGUCAUGAACGGGGACUGGACGCUGAAGUAUGGAGAGAGGAGCAAGCAACGGGCCCAGGACGGAGACUUCAUUUUUUCUAAGGAGCGUACAGACACGUUCAAUUUCCGAAUCCAAAGGACUACAGAGGAGGACAGGGGCAGUUACUACUGUGUUGUGUCUGCCUGGACCAAACAGCGUAACAACAGCUGGGUGAAGAGCAAGGACGUCUUCUCCAAACCUGUCAGCAUAUUUUGGGCAUCAGAAGAUUCCGUGCUUGUGGUGAAGGCAAGGCAGCCCAAGCCUUUCUUUGCUGCCGGAAAUACAUUUGAGAUGACUUGCAAAGUGUCUUCCAAAAAUAUUAAAUCGCCACGCUACUCGGUUCUCAUCAUGGCUGAGAAGCCUGUUGGGGACCUCUCCAGUCCUAACGAAACCAAGUACAUCAUCUCCCUGGACCAGGAUUCUGUGGUGAAGCUGGAGAACUGGACAGAUGCAUCGCGGGUGGACGGCGUUGUGUUAGAGAAAGUGCAGGAAGAUGAAUUUCGCUAUCGAAUGUACCAGACUCAGGUCUCGGAUGCAGGGCUAUACCGCUGCAUGGUGACAGCCUGGUCUCCUGUUAGGGGCAGCCUGUGGCGAGAAGCAGCAACCAGUCUCUCCAAUCCUAUUGAGAUAGACUUCCAAACCUCAGGUCCUAUAUUUAAUGCCUCUGUGCACUCGGACGCGCCAUCAGUCAUCCGGGGAGAUCUCAUCAAAUUGUUUUGUAUCAUCACUGUUGAAGGAGCAGCCCUGGAUCCAGACGACAUGGCCUUUGACGUGACCUGGUUUGCGGUGCACUCCUUCGGCCUGGACAAGGCUCCCGUCCUCCUGUCGUCCCUGGAUCGGAAGGGGAUUGUGAACACGGCCCAGAGGGACUGGAAGAGCGACCUCAGCCUGGAGCGCGUGAGCGUGCUAGAGUUCUUGCUGCAAGUGCAUGGCUCCGAGGACCAGGACUUUGGCAACUACUACUGUUCCGUGACUCCGUGGGUGAAGUCACCCACCGGUUCCUGGCAGAAGGAGGCAGAGAUCCAGUCCAAGCCCAUCUUUAUAACUGUGAAGAUGGAUGUGUUGAACGCCUUCAAGUACCCGCUGCUGAUCGGCGUCGGCCUGUCCACGGUCAUCGGGCUCCUGUCCUGCCUCAUCGGGUACUGCAGCUCGCACUGGUGCUGUAAGAAGGAGGUCCAGGAGACCAGGCGGGAGCGCCGCCGGCUCAUGUCCAUGGAGAUGGACUAGCCGGUGCCGGGAAAGGCCGGGAUGCAGGGACGUUCGAGGAGCAGUUUGGGCGAGAAGAGGACAGUGAUCUUUUAACGUGAUGUGUGUUACACUAAAAACCAGUCCUCUCUAAUCUCAGGUGGGACUCGGCGCUCUCUCUUUUCUGCAUGUCAAGUUCUGAGCGCGGACAUGUUUACCAGCACACGGCUCUUCUUCCCACAGCACUUUCUGAUAGAACAAUCGAGUGUGUGUUUUCCCGACGGCGGCUUUUUAAUGGUUAACCUCUGUCUAAUUUUUUUCUCCUACUGGUUUAUAGAUCUCUGGCUUGUGUGUGUUUCUACCUUUUGUUUCGAGGGGUUGUGGUGAGGAAGGGGUGAAGGCGUUCAGAGUUCUUUGUCUCGGGUGAGAACGGAAGGGCCGGCUUCUGAGUCGGAGGCACGUGCUGAGAGAGCUGCUAAAGGCGACCCUCCACCCCUGCCGAGGGACAACACAGACCAGUGCCGAAGGCUAAUGUGUGGCUUUUACUACCCUCCCCCACCCCCUAUUUUCAGGGGGUUUAGACCACAUUUGAAAUCUAAACCUGCAGUCCGUAACUUCCUAUCGAGCCCAGAUGCAUUUUGUUCUGGUUGGGUUUUUUGCUUCUCUGCCCCCUUUCCAUUUCUUUCGUAUCUGCUUUAUGUGCGAGUGCUGAAAUGGCCCUGGAAUUGAGAAUUUGGCUCUCCACCAAGCACCUUAUCUUGCCACCUUAGCCUUAAGAAUGCGUAUGAAGAAAAAUGCACAGCCACCUCUGUCCAGGGCAGUAAGAAGGCCUGCAAGGAAGAGGAGGUUGGGGACAAGGAAAGGAACAGACAGUCACUUCCGUAGUUCGGAGGCCACCAUGCCUCAGGGGGCCCUGGGGAUUGCAGAAGGGGGAUCCUGGGAGUUAGAUGUCUGGAGCUCGUGCCCGGAGGGUCAGUGGUGCCAGGGGUGUGUCAGGCGGAAGAAGCCACUUCUAUUCUCUGUCCCGCCCUUUGUGAGAGGCAAAGGCCUUGUGCGUCUGCAGGGGGAACCACGGACACCCCACAUCCUUCGUGGGCUGAGUGGGCUCCUUAAUGUGGAGGUGAAUUGCUGCUUGCAAGACUGACUUCACGGAAUCAGAAAUUACCUGGAAGAACCGUGCAUUUUCUAUGACCUUUUCAGUCCUUCAAGUCGUUUUAAAAUCCCCUGCAGGGGGUUAGUGAGAAAGGGUAUACUUUGUGGUAUGUUUGCUUUCCUAUGAGGAACACAAAGGAAACCCAGCAAUUUAUAUUGCCAUGUGAACAGCCUACAAAGUAGAUCUGAGAACAGUCCGUUUCGCCUGAUCACUCAUACCAGAAGGACAACGGACCCAAAGAGAUCUUCCGCCCCCCCGAAGUGUCUGCCCCUGCACAGCGCUGGCUUUUCAGAAGCAUCUCAGUGGGGUUUCCUGAGGCUCACUGGUGACUCACGCCCCACAUUGCAAUCCUCUGUGCUUUUAUCCUGGCUCUGAAGGAUCUAAUACUGCUCUGUCUUCCAAAGGGGAAAAAGAUCCAUUUGUUUUGAGCAAUAAAGUAAUACAAAAUGAUGGCCAUUCAUGUGCAGCUCUUUGUCACAAUGGGCCAGACAGCCAACUCCUCGGGCUCACCAUCUUCCUUCCCCUCCACUUCCCUCCCUCUGUCACCCACGAUUCGUUCUGCACUUAUCAUCAAGUCACCCCCAGGAGGCAAGUUUCCACCGAAUUUUUUCCUUUUGGUUUUGCCCACAGAGGGGACCACUCACGUGAUAGAAACUAGAUUUUGCACUAAUGGUAGCAGCACAAGUGAAUUCCAGGCCUAGCAUCUGUGGCGGGAACACGGGCAGCAGGUCCGCCCCACCAGAGCACGGAUGACUAGAGGAAGGGAUGGAGGCCUUGAUAGCACUAGAUUUGGGUGUUUCCUGCAUGUCAUUUCCUAACUGGGCCACUCCAGAGGAGGUGGGUCACAGGUGAUUGUGCAAACAGGAAAUAGAAACAGGUGCUGUGUUAGGAACAGCCAGUGCCCUUUGAGCCCUUGCAGUUAUCAUGCCUCCUAAAAGAAGAUUCAGGAUUGUUGUAGUACAGGCCCUUGGUAGGAGGAAAGGGUACUUGGCUUUGGACGUGACCAGGUGGCCCCAGGUGUACGUAAAACCACGGAUGGGCCACAACUGACACUUAUUGGCGGGAAAGGUAACACGUGCUCACACACUGUACCUUUUCCUUUCAGACUGCUGUUGCAGUUCAAGGCUGGGGUUGUGAAGGCAUUGACCGCCCCCCUAGCCCCACCCUCUGUCCACUGAGCUGGUACAAAGUGGGGAGAAAUCCCAGGGCAUUGUACCAAGGGCCUCCUUCCUUCCAGGGGCAUAAACUGGCUGGAAUGUGUGUCCCGUUCAAAGUGCGAGACGUACUCGGUUGUUGUACCAAAUAGGGCCCCCUAAAUGCUCUUCUGGAAAAGGUUCCUGCCAGAAGCACUGGUAUGAAUGGAAGGACGCAGCCACGAUUCACACAGAUGAAAUUGCACCGCUUAACACAAACGAUAAAAAGUUUGGCUUUUUUUAAUUUUCUAAUCAUAAACAUAUCCCCAGAAGGAGCCUAAGCUAUGUUCCGAUAGAAGCCUCAAAAUUACUUUCAGUUGUUUACUUUAUAAUGUUUACAUACACUUUUCACUUUUUUAAAAAAAGAAAAUCCAAGCUCUGACUUUUGAACAACUUUUCAGGUUUUUCAUGGGACGGUGGAACUCUGACUCACCAACUGGAUUUAAAUCUUAAUUUAGAAGUUUAUUUAUGUGUGUGUUUUCUCCCCUCCUAUCCACGUGGCUUUCCCUAAGAUCCUCGUUAAGGUGGCCCCUCCUGCCCAGACCCUUGUCUGUUUUCCCUGGUGGCUCUUGCUUCUUGCUUUGCAGACUGCCUGCAGCCAUGAUUUUGUCACUGACAUCUGUGAGCCAAAGACUGAGCCUCUCUAGCAGGAAAAAUAAGCAAUACUACACAACUUGCUACUUUCAGAAACUUUUUUUAGCUUCACCGAUGACAACAGAGGAAGAAGGGAACUAUAGGAUUUGGGUAAGUUCUCCUCCGCUGUUUGACCAAAUUCUCAGUGAUAAAUAUUGUGUGCAGAUAACUAGGAGAAAAAAGUUGACUUUCUUUCUUUUUUAGUGUGGCACAUACGGAUCUGCUGAAUUUUACGUAGACAAAGAAAGGGUCCUGUGUAUUUUUGUCCAUAUCCAAUGUUAUAUGAACUAAUUGUAUUGUUUUAUACUGUGACCACAAAAUAUUAUGCAAUGCACCAUUUGUUUUUUAUUUCAUUAAACGAAGUUUAAUUUAAAUUGAAGUUGUGUGAGGCA